AUGUCUCCCUUGAGAUUUAUUAAAAAAGAUGAUAUCCUUCGAUUAGGUGAAACCGAUCCUCAGUACGCUGCGUGGCAGGAAUACAACAGCUUCCCCCCAAUGGACUGGACCGACAUCCAAGCCGCUCGAUCAAUCGUGGAGUCAUGGACAGCUGAAAAGUUCCAAGCAUUGGGGGAUUCCGGGGUGACUAUUGAGGUGCCUAUGCGAGAUGGAUUUCGAUCUUCUCUUCGGGUCUACCGGCCAGAACCUCUAGUGAAGAGAUCCAUCCUAGUGAUCCUCCUGCAUGGGGGGGCUUUUGUGACGGGGGACAACAGGGAGUUGGCUGAAUAUGCGUUGGCACUGAGGGCAUUGUACGGUGCAACGAUAGUACUGCCAUCUUACCGACUCGCGCCAGAGCAUCCCUUCCCCACGGCACAGUAUGAUAUUUGGGAUACUUUGGACUGGCUUUCUCAGAAUGCCACAUCUAUAUUUGGGGCGGAUCUCUCAUCAGGCUUCGUGGUCGGUGGAGUGAGUGCAGGAGCUAAUUUGGCUGCAACCGUGGGCCAAAAAUGGGCUGACGAGGACAGAGCUCCCAAAAUGACAGGACUCUGGCUAUCUAUACCUUUUAUUUUCUCCGAUAUCCACCAGGUCCCCGUUGAGUAUCAUGAUGUCUAUCUCUCGCGGAAGCAGAAUAUCAUGGCGCCGAUGAAUGGCGAGAUUCCAUCUGCUGUCCUCGAGCUUCUAAAGAGGGACGUCCAGAGCCCAUGGUACAGUCCGUUCAACUCGUUUCAUCCCCAGCCAUAUGAAGCCGUAGUCAGGAAUAGAACUCGAGUAUAUUUCCAGGCCGCGGGGCAGGAUUUCUAUCGCGAUGAUGCCCUUGUUUACGAGCGGAUCCUCUGGAAACAUGGAGUUGAAACGGAGUUGGAUGUCUAUCCUGGACUUCCUCAUGGCCAUUUUUGUAUCCUGCCGUUUCUCAGUGAGUCGCGCCGCUGCAACUCCGACAUACUCUCCCAUUUCGCAUGGCUCCUUCGACUGGAGACACCGCCCUUGGAGACCGUCAAAGCCAUGGUGCAGACUGUGGCCCCAUCUAUUAGCGUGUAA